AUGGCGGCCCCCACGUUCCGUGAGCUUGAGGAGACGGCUGCCCUGACGAUCCGUAUGAUCAAGCAUAUUCCAGGACUGGGCCAUACCAAAGUCGCGAUCAUAGGCGGUCUGGCAGUGUGGAAUUACUUGCCAACACAACGAAGGACUGAUAAUAUCGACCUCCUCAUUGACGCUUCGGUCUCACCAAGUUUCGUCAGGAGGCGGCUGUUGCAGUACCCGCGCUCCGUAUUCAUUCAGAUUGGCCGAAGUCUCUGGUACCAGAGUCCUACGGGAUGUGAGAUUGAGAUUCGCAUCAUCUCUGAGGAUUCGGUUGCCUAUCUUCCAGCUUCUGCGUGGCCUGUGAAGGAUAUCCGCCCGGGUGUAUUCCCCUACAUAUCUCUUUCCGAUCUGAUCGUUCUCAAGAUCGAUUCUUGUGGUUACCAUCGGGCGUGGGGUGCCCGGGUACGCGAUGCCUACGAUGCUGCGGCUCUUCUGGAAUACGCGUCGGCACCGCAUCCAUUGAUCUUGAGUUGUAGACAGGAAUGUGUCGUGCGAGAAGGGCUGCCAGAUGUCAUUGAGUAUGGAGGAAGAGGAAAGGCGUGGUGGCUCUGUUGGCUCGGGCUUCAUGAACUGCCCAAACGCCGACGACGGCACAGCGUGCACAAUUACAGACACAAAGUUCAUGCGAACAAGCACGUGGACCUGCUUCCACUUCAUGUGGCAGAAGACAAGACUCCACAAGUACCCAAGUCAAACAAGGCGAAAGAUGAUCACGGAAAAGGUCAAGAGCAUGUACCUCUACCGUACAAUGGCCACAGCAUCACUCUUCAAAGGUUUCUUCUCAAGGGUCCUUAUGCGCAACACCCUAAUGAGAAGCCUCCUCAUGAGAAGCCUCCUCCUGCGAAACCUCCCAGGUUGGAACGCCUUCCUCCCCAGAAACCCCCCAAGAAGCGUUCUCAAAAGCCUCCCCCCAAGAACCCUCCUCGCAGGAAGUCACCUUUGCCAGAACCUGUCACAAGACCAAAGCCUCCACACCGUCCUGCUCCUUCCCCUCCUCCUGCGAUUUCUGAUUCAUACCAGGCGCCACCACGAUAUGUCGAGCCUAGACCAUGGGAAAGGGUAUCACACGACACAAGUCCUCAUCCAGGCUUCUUUUACAUGAGCGGGGCCAAUGGUAACACCCCUCCCAAACCUACGGCCGAAGCUCUAGAACCGGAGCCACGACAACCAGAGCCACGAUCACAACCGAGAUCUGAUAACAGGGCCUCUGUGGAUUCUGCCAUCUCCGUGAGCACGCCAAAAUCCCCUACCUUCAAGGGUGGCCUGAAGACGCUCAAGGAAGACUCCGGUGCCACGGGCGGGAGUUCGACGGAUUCGGACCAAUACCUGGGAGUGCGAUCGCCUUCAGACUCGGAGGAGGGCAAGCCUCCAAAGGAGAUCUUCCCAGCAAGCCGCAGAAACCUCAACCCGAUUGCGACCUACAAGGAGCCAUUGCAGCCUGAUCAACAUAGCCGGCGGAGCGAGUCCAUUCGAUCGUUCAACCGCCUGCGGCCCCCGGAGCCGGGGUCUGGUGCAGUCCCAGGCGGGAACGCGGGCGCCAUCGGAGGCGUUUCAACCAGGCACAGCGAACGUGGCGGGUCAAAUAGGUCGUCCGCACGAUCAAGGUCGGUAGAUCGAGGGUCUCAGAAGGCAGGCGGGUCCACGGGAGCCAACGGGAAAGGAAGCAGUCACGGUUCCGUCAGAUCGUUCCGGCGUACGCGGCCGCCGCCUCUGGUUCUUGGAAACCCAACGACCGCGGAGGUUCAUAAGAUGUCUUUAGGCGGCAUCGGCGAGCCAAGCCCUUCAAAGAAGGUACGCUUCCAGGUAGAGGAUGGGCGAGUCAGUGGAGUUGACGAUCGAUAG